AUGGUAGUAAAUAGCGCACAACUAUCUGACGACAUUUUGCGGACAUCGAUCACACUCGAGCAGACAUGGACGGACACGCGAUUACUAUUCAAGGGAGUGUCGGAAGUCCCGUUACCGACGAAUGUCCAUCCGUGGCAGCCUGAUACUGUGAUCAUCAAUGCCUUACGUAGUGAAUCCAGAAUGACGUCAUCGUUCCUAAAUUACGACGGAACGGUACGCAGGCGACAGCUGCUCUCCAUCAGAGUGCCAUGCGAAGAAUCAUCUACACUUGAUCACGAGGCUAUCGAAUGUCCACUAGAGCUGACCAGCUUCAGUAAUCGCGGUGUCGACAAAAUCACCUACAACAUUGAACACGUGGAUAUUGAGCGAGUGGCUCGGUUUACUAACAGUACUGUCGCCUACGCAACGCUUCAGGACCACCACAAGCGAACGUCACAUUUGGCAACAGUUUUACUAUCCUUACAAAAACCUCAUCAUAUGGUUGGAGACCUAAUCGAUGAAGUGUCCAAAGCUACGAAAUCACUUGAGCAUCAUUGA